AUGAACGGACAUUCAUCCGCUAUGCCUGAUCCAUCUUGGUAUGCAGGUGUUCGUGAUAUACUGGCAUCUCAAUCAAAAUGGACAGAACCAAACGAACGUGCGUUGCUUGGAGCAUACGAUUAUUUGGAUGCAAAUCCCGGUCAUGGAGCUAGAUCAAAAUUGAUCGAUACGUUGGAUUGGUGGUUAAAAGUUCCACAAGAAAAGUUAAAGCGUAUCGAUGAUGCGAUCAGAAUGUUGCAUACAAGUAGUCUUAUGAUCGAUGAUAUCGAAGAUGGAUCAGAAUUAAGAAGGGGAAGACCUUCUUCUCACAUGGUUUACGGCGUACCUCUUACGAUCAAUGCGGCAAAUUACGUUUAUUUCUUGGGUAUAAACCAAUUGAUUGAAAUGUCGGAUGUCAAAGUGCCAGGACACACACCUUUGAUGAACACUGAAGGCGUUCAACGGAUGAUGAUGGAAGAGAUGAUCAAUUUGCAUCGCGGACAAGGUAUGGAGUUGUAUUUACGAGAAAAUUUCAUCUGUCCAAGCGAGGAAGAGUACAUUCAAAUGGUCAACAACAAAACCGGAGGAUUGUUCCGGGUAGCGUGUAGGCUAAUGAUUGGACAAAGCUCGCGACUCAAAUCAGUUGCUGAAGGGGACCCAAUCGUUACGCUGAUCAAUUUGAUCGGAUUGCAAUACCAAAUUCGCGAUGAUUAUAUGAAUCUGCGUUCGGGUGAUUAUACGCAGAACAAAGGAUACUGCGAUGAUUUAUCCGAAGGAAAGUUCUCAUUUCCGCUCAUUCAUGCUAUCACCGCGAGCCGAUUAAUGAUUGGCGAGAAGAACAAUGGCUUACCCAUAGCAGCGAACAAAAAGCGAGCAAUUGUACAAUAUAUGCAAGAUCGUACGAAUAGCUUUCGUUAUACUUGUCAAGUCUUAUUGCAUGUCGAUCGUCAAAUUCGACAUGAAUUACGCCGAGUUGAACAUCUCUUCGAUGGCGGAAAGCCAAACGAACACAUUCGCGCUUAUAUCACUCUUUUACGUUCAGGUUGGUAUCGAUCGCCCGAUUGUCCGCCAACGGAAAACGAUACACCAUACGAAGCUAUAUAGACCCAAAGCAACAAAUGCACGCAUCAUUUUUGUAUAAUUAUCAUCUUUCCUGUCGUAGGUUGUCAUCAUCAUUCUCUGUCGUAGUUUGUCAUCAUCAUUCUCUGUCGUAGUUUGUCAUCAUCGUCAUUCUCAGUAUACACGCACGCAAAUACCUUGUAUUGAAACACUUUAUCAAUUCAUUUUUCUGUUUGC